UCUGUUGACUAAAGCUAAAUGUGAAUUUGAUGAAGUGAUUUAAUAACAGGAGCUGCUUUAUAACCCGAGGAGGAUUCUCACUACAGGUCGGUCAUGUUCAGCCGGCUGACCCAGGGAGUGAACUCCGUCCUGCAGGAGUUAUCAGGAGAGGAACACCAUGACGACGAUCCUCAGGAUGGCCUGGUGCCGAAGCUCCCGCCCGGCGCCGACGCCUCCUUCGAGGGCCCGGGGCCUUCAGAGGAGAUCCUGGAGAGGCUGGCUCACACCGAACAGUUAGUGGUGGAACUGAAGGAGCUGAUCAGAGAGAAGGACGAGCAGCUCGCCGACUCUGAGAGACGCCACAAGGAGGAGCGAGAGCAGGGCGAGGCCAAAUUCACCAAGCUCAAGCUGCAGGCCAAGGCCAAGAUGGCGGCGCUGAACAAACAGAUUACCGAGAUGAAAGGGCAGGAGGGUCUCAACACCAGUCAGAGUUCGGACAGCUCCUUCACAGCCCCCGCAGGACUGGAGGAGGAACUGCAGCAGCUGAAGCAGAAGUUAAUUCGGGAGGAAGCGGCAACCCGGACCCUGCAGGAGCAGCUUCAGGAGGCGGAGCGGCGCCUGAACGAGAGAGAGGAAGAUCACGCCGAACAGGUUCGAGUCCUGCAGGCUGUAGUGAAGGACAAGGACGUGCGCUUCCAGGAGCAGAUCCAAAAACACGAGGAGGAACUGCUGCACCUCACCACCCAGAACCCGAACGAUGUGGACCUACAGCAGGCCCUGCGUGAAUCUCAGAGGAGAUGUGAGGAGCUGGAGGAGUCUCUGCGCUCUCGUUCUGAAGUUCUGGAGAUGUUACAGCAGGAGCUGAAUAGCGCCGAUCAGCAGAAACAGAUCCUGACCACACAGUUCAGGCAGAUGGAGCAGGAGCUGGCCCAAACUCAAAGACUAAGAGAGGAGGAGCGCCAGCAGUGGACCAUCCAGACCCAGGAACAGCUUCAGUCCCUGAGAGCCAGUCUGGAGAAUGAAAGGGAAGAGGCCAUGACGAAUCUCCAGGCAGAACUGACCCAGAGAAGCUCCGAGCUGGACCAAGCGCGAGCGAAGCUAGAGGAGAUAUCGGGGAGAGAGACGGAGGCGGACGCCAACGCUGAGGCGGAGCUGGCCAGGUUACGGUCCGGCCUAGGAGAUUCAGAAAUACGAUGUGAGGAGCUGAGGAAGGAGCUGGAGCUGCAGGUGGAGAACCGGGCGGCUGAGCUUCAUCGUGUGGAGAACGAGAAGGAGGAACAGUCGAGAGGAGAACGUGAGGAGAUGACGAGGCUUCAGACGGAGCUGAGAGAGGAACAGGAAGCCGGAACGCGAGCCAAGCGAGCGCUGGAGAAGCUUUGGACGGGAAUACGUUCCCUGACCGGAGGAGACGAAGGACGUGACGAAGACGUGAUGGUACCUGACGACCCUGCGCAGAUGCUGCUCCUUUUGGAGGCCAGGAUGGAGAACCCGAGGGAGGGGCGCAUGUCACAGGUCGACCUCGCCAUCGAGGAUCUUCAAGCACAACUGAAUAAAAGCGCUGCAGAGAGAGAGGAGGCCGUCAGCAGGGUGGAGCAGCUCCAGCAGCAACUCGCUGAGGUUCAGGUCGCUGCUGAGUCACAGGGGGGUCAGGGGACCGAGCCGCCUCAGAGGGAUCUGGACGGGGCAGAUGAAGAUGCUGCAUCACUCUCAGAGAAGGUCUCGGCUCUGGAGCAGCAGCUACUGGAACGAGAGAAGGAACUUUCUGCCCUCACAGAAAAAUUAGCAUCUACUGAGCAGCAGAACCUGCAGACGUUAAAGGAAGGAAGUGCUGAAUGGGAAAUGACUAAAAACAUUCCCAAACCUGACAGUCCUGAAGCCCUCGCGGGUCUCGAGGACACUUUGGAAGAAGACACGACUCUAACUGCUGUAGAAUCUUCUGCCAUGUCUACAUCAGUCCUGUCCAACGAGAGUUACUCUGAGAUCACUGGAGCACAGGCCGAGUCACCUGUAGAGUUAAAAGCAGCCUCAUCGGACGAGAUGGUGACCAGCACAGACUCCGAAGUCGCUCACAGCAGCUGGACGCUCCUGGAGGCGAUCAAUCAGGAGCCGAGUCCAGAGUGGCCUUCCCAAAUUCAGAACUUCGGCACCCUCCAGAUUUCCACACAGUCUUGGGAGGAGACCAGCGAAGAGCAGGUCACUUCUUCAUGCUCCGCGGUUGAGGUGGAGUCUUCGUCCGUGGUUAUUCGCGAAACGGUGCAGGUUCAAAUCAGCCAGAAGGAGGCGAACUUGCUGAAUAUGGAUUCCACUUCUGGUCAGGAUUUUGCCCAGAUCCUGGCUGAAGAACUCCAGAAGAGAUACAGUGAAAUACUGAAUGAACUCCAGCAGCUGAGAAAAGUGGCCUCUGAAUCCCAGGAGAAGGUGCAUCUUCUGGAGGAGGAAUUGAAAUCACUGACGCUGGUUAGAGAUGAAGCGGAAGCGAGGGCGCAAAGGUCUGAACAAGACUUGAUGGACGCAAGAGCACAGCUUCAGAAGGAGGCGGAGGAGCAGACAACCGAAACGGAUUCACAAAUUGAUGUCAAGAAGUUCCUUGAGGAGCAAGUGGAGAGCCUAAACCUGGAGGCUCUAUCUAAAGAUGAGAAAAUUCAGGCCCUGCAGGGAGACCUCGAUGAGAUCCAGAGCAAACAUCUUCUGGAGGAGGAAUUGAAAUCACUAAUGCUGGUUAGAGAUGAAGCCGAAGCGAGGGCUCAAAGGUCUGAACAAGACUUGAUGGACGCAAGAGCACAGCUUCAGAAGGAGGCGGAGGAGCAGACAACCGAAACGGAUUCACAAAUUGAUGUCAAGAAGUUCCUUGAGGAGCAAGUGGAGAGCCUAAAACUGGAGGCUCUAUCUAAAGAUGAGAAAAUUCAGGCCCUGCAGGGAGACCUCGAUGAGAUCCAGAGCAAACAUCUUCUGGAGGAGGAAUUGAAAUCACUAAUGCUGGUUAGAGAUGAAGCCGAAGCGAGGGCUCAAAGGUCUGAACAAGACUUGAUGGACGCAAGAGCACAGCUUCAGAAGGAGGCGGAGGAGCAGACAACCGAAACGGAUUCACAAAUUGAUGUCAAGAAGUUCCUUGAGGAGCAAGUGGAGAGCCUAAAACUGGAGGCUCUAUCUAAAGAUGAGAAAAUUCAGGCCCUGCAGGGAGACCUCGAUGAGAUCCAGAGCAAACAUCUUCUGGAGGAGGAAUUGAAAUCACUAAUGCUGGUUAGAGAUGAAGCCGAAGCGAGGGCUCAAAGGUCUGAACAAGACUUGAUGGACGCAAGAGCACAGCUUCAGAAGGAGGCGGAGGAGCAGACAACCGAAACGGAUUCACAAAUUGAUGUCAAGAAGUUCCUUGAGGAGCAAGUGGAGAGCCUAAAACUGGAGGCUCUAUCUAAGGAUGAGAAAGUUCAAGCCCUGCAGGGAGACCUCGAUGAGAUCCAGAGCAAACUCUUUGAGAAAGAAGGUCAGGUCAGGAUGCUGGGGGUCCAGUUAGAGGACAGGGAGCUUGCCUUCUCUGAAGUGGAGGAGAAACUUACUCAAAUGGAGGACAGGAUACAGCAAAGCUCGCAUGAAGCUGACAUGGCCAAAUCGGCUUUAGUUGACAGAACGUCCGAGCUAGAGGACUUGCAGCAUUGCCUUUCCUUAAAGGAGCAGGAGAUGCUUGAACUCAAUGACACCAUGACCUCCAAGCUGCUCCAAGCUGGAGAGGAAAAGUUUGCCCUAUCUAAUGAAGUAAGAAACCUAAAGGAUCAGAUGCAGGAAAUGGAAAAGACCUGGGAGAACCAGCACAUGGAGACGCUCAAAAAGCCAUCCAAUGAAAGCGAGGAGCUGGUCACUCUGCGCAAGGAGAACGAGAACUUGACCGCCCAGAUAGCCACAAUGAAAACUGACGGAGAACUGGUGAAGAGAAAGUUGCAGGCAGCUUUGGUACAGCGCAAAGAGCUAAUCAAAAAGGUUGCUGAACUUGAGAAAGCCACAGGAGGCAAAGAGAGAGAAGAUGUCGCCCUCUGUAGUGCACAGGAUAAUAAUGAGGAACUACAGAAGCUUGAAGAGCAAUUACGAGAGACCAGGCAGAUCUUGAGUUCCAAAGAAGAAGCUCUGACAGUCAUUGAGCAGAAAGCAUUAAGCCAAGACCAAGCACUGGCAGAGGCACAUGCUGAAAUCCAACAGCUCAUGGAGAGAUCUAAAGUUGACGAGGAACGCGUCAAACUCCACUCACAGAUCACCACACUGGAAACUGAGCUGGAUGCGCUGCAGAAAAAGUUUCAAGAAGCCGUGGAUUCUCGUAAAGACACCCUACGCAAGGCAAAGGAGAAGGACAGACACCACCGCGAGCAGCUGAGACAGCACAAAGAAGAGUACAGUGACCUCCUGAAACGUCUCGAAGCCGAGGAUGAAGGCAAAGCUAAGCUUCUAAAACGGCUUCAAGACCUGGAAUGCCUUGUAGAGUCAAAGGAGCAAGCUGACAAAGAAAGGCUUGUGCACGUUCAGGAGGAGGUUAAGACUACUUUAGAGAAUGUGGAGAAACAAGGGUCAGGGGAUUGGGUUCAGGAAGACUGGGACGACUUUGCUGGACCAGAUGCCAAAACCAAUCAGCAAUCUGCAACUCCUGACCAGCCUUCACAGGCAAUAUCAGAAGACAACAAGGCCGUCAUCAGUUUCCUUCAGGAACAAGUGAAAGCUGAACAAUCUGCUCGUAUGGAUCUAGAAGAGCAUCUUGAACAGAGCAAGGCUGCAGUUUUACUUAAGGAUACUGAGAUGCUUGAGCUCAGGAAGGAGCUGGAGACUCUGAGGGCAAAGGAGAGGCAGAUCGAUGCCCUUUCAGAAGAACUGGACACCCUAAGAGAAAAGUGUAAGCAGGCAGAAUCCCAUGCUGAGUUGUUGAAAGCAGAAGUUGAGGAGGCUGCAGCCACAGCCAGGGCAAGCAUCUCUGUGGCGGAGUCUCCAGUCGCUGCUCUUCAGGCAGAGGUAGAGGAGUUCAAGCAGUUCCUGCAGAACAAAAAUGAUGAGAUCAUUGACCUUAGCCAGCAGCUUAAUGAGCAAGGAGUCCUUCUGAUCAAGAUGCAGGAGACUGUCUUGGAGAAGGAUAAUUUAAUCGCAUCCUUGCAGGAGGGUUUAAAGACGGAGCAAGAAAGGAGCCAAAAAAUGGAAGCAGAAAUUGGGCAGCGUCAGGACGAAGAGAAAGACGACAACACCGCUAAGGUCCAGCAGCUUCAGCGUAAAUUUCAGGCUGCUUUGGUGUCACGGAAGGAAGCUCUCAGAGAAAACCAAACUCUAAAGCAAGAACUAGCUGCUGUUGAGAAAGUGCAAUUAGAGUUGCUAACAAAGAUUGAGAAUGUUGAGGCCGAACGGAGUAAGCUGGUGGCUGAGAAGGAGAAGCUCAUCGAGGAGGUGGAUCGAACCCUGCUGGAGAACCAGAGUCUUGGUGCUGCCUGUGAGAGCCUCAAACUUGCCAUGGAUGGUCUGCUGAGUGAAAAAGAUGCCUGCCAGCGCCAGAUCGAGAGUUCCAAAGAAGAUGCUGAGCAGGCAGCAAGGAGAUGGGAAGAGAAGCUGCAAGGCAUGAAGGAGGAGUAUGAAACUUUACUGAAGUCGUACGAGAACGUGAGCGACGAGGCCGAGAGGGUUAGAAAAGUCCUAGAGGCCGCCCGACAGGAAAGGCAAGAAUCGGCUGCCAAAGCUCGGGCCCAUGAGGCAGCCAAACAAGAAGCAGAAAGGUUAGCAGAGGAAGCUCAAAAGGAGGUAGAUGUUGUGAAAGACAAAAUGAGGAAGUUUGCCAAGUCCAAGCAGCAGAAGAUCUUGGAGCUUGAAGAGGAGAAUGAGAACCUUAGAGAACAAGUCGAGAGGAAAGGGAAUAAAGAACCAGACACAGGGUUAAAACAUGAGCUGGAACAAACUAAAAGUGAUUUAGAAGCUUUGAAAGCAGAUUUGAUCAAUGUAGAAACGGAGCGAAGUUCUUUGGAACAAGAAACUAAAAACCUAAAGCUGCAACUGGAUCAGGAAACUAGCAAGAAGAACACUGGCUUCUCUGAAGAAGUAAUUAAGGAGGAAGUGGUUGCACAGCAGUCGAGCCUUGUAUUGAGUGAAAACCAAGAAGUUCUAGUUGGAAGAGCUUCUCAAGAGCUACUGGACCAGAGGCAGGACUCAGAGGAACCCUUGCUUAAACAAGAAACCACAGACGUGAAAACUGAAAUAGUAUUGAGUGCAGAAGCAGAGAAACGUCUCAGGAAAAAGGAGGCAACUCUUCAGACAGCAGAGAUCAACAUAAAGUCACUUCAACCUGCUCUUGAAGAGGAGAAGAAAACUAGAGUGGAACUGGGACUAAACCUAAAUGCAGAGUUGGUCUCACUGAAACAACAACUUCAGGAGUCCAUGGAAAAAGAGAAGACUUUGACUGAGGAGUGCCUUAAACGAGAAACCCAGCUCCAGGAGCUUCGCGCAAACCUCGAGGACACCAAUGAAACCAGUGUCAGUCAGGAAGCUUUGCUUGGUGCAGAGUUGACCUCUCUCAAGCAGCAACUUCAAGAGUCUGUUAAAAAAGAGGAAAUGCUUAAGGAGGAGUGUUCCACAAAAGAAGCUCAGCUUCAAGAACUUCGUACCAGGCUGGAGAUGGAGAAGGAUGACCUUGAAGAGCGACUGAUGAACCAGCUGGCCCAGGUCAACGGCAGCAUCGCAGGUUAUCAGCAGGAGGCGGCUGAUUGUCGAGAUCGACUUGUAGACCUGCAACGAGAAUUAGAGAAGAUGGAGAGGGAGCAAGCAGAGUCGGAGGCCAUGCUGGUGAGUGAAAGGGCUCGGGCGGCAAGGCUGGAAGAAGAUAAAAGGCAGGCCCAGCGGGAAAGAGCCGAGGCAGAGACCGAGGCAGGCAAGCAGAGGGAGCUGGAGCAGAAGCUGAAGUCUGCACAGAGGGUGAAGGAUAGUAGCCAGAGUCGGGCUCGUCAGCUUGAGGAACUUCUGAGGGAGAAACAGCUGGAGGUCCGACAGAUGCAGAAAGAUUGCAUCCAGUACCAGGAAAGAAUCAGCGAACUGGACAGACAGGCCAAGGCACUGUCACUGGGUAAAGAUGAGGCGUCCAGUGAGCUAAAGGUGGCACAUCAGGAGAUAAAAAAGAUCACAGAAGAAAGGACCAGGCUUGAAUCAGAAUUGUCCACUUUCAAAGAGAACCUAAGUGUUGCUCAAGGUGAGGCGAGUCAGGCACUUCAGGACAAGAAAGCCACAGAAGAGCGGUCUCGAAAGCUAGAGGCCGAGUUAAAGUCAGAAGCCGAGCGAACCCUGGAUGAAGUAAGAUAUCGCCUGGGAGCUGAGCUGAAACAGAUGGAACUGAGGCUGGAGCAGGCCUACCGAGACCGGGAAACGGAAGAGGAGGCGACCCUGGAGGCCAGGAGUAUCACAGAGGCUGUGGAGAAAUAUGCGCAGGAGACACAAGCGCGCCUGGACGAAUCCCUAGCGCGCCUGGCCGCCUUUUCACGCUCCAUGUCCUCCCUGCAGGAUGACCGCGACCGUGUUCUGGACGAAGCUAAGCAGUGGGAGAAUCGGUUCCACGGCACCCUCCAGGGCAAGGAGGCUGAAUUGCGGGAGGCUGAAAGCAAAGCCAAGAAUCUUUCUGAGCGACUUCAGAGGGAGGUGACGCAAAAGGAGGAACUGCAGAACUCACUAGAAAGGUUGCAGAAAGCAGAAGAACAGUGGCAGUUCCAGUUAGACGAGGCCGAAAAGCAGCACAAGGAAGCCCACACGGCUCUGGAGAAACAAAGAGCCGACUUGCAGCAGAGACUGACCGAGGCAGAAAGCUCUCUCGUCCGGGCGCAAAGUGAGCUGGACUCGGUGAAAGCAGAGGCAGAAGGACUACGCCACAGAGCUAACGCUCUAGAAGAAGCAGUCGGCAAACUUCAGGCUGAGGCCAACCAAGCCAGGACCACGAUCAAGGAGCGAGAAACCGAGGAGAGGAGGUUGUGCUUAAAUCUGGAGCAACUGGAGACGGACUUGCGCUCCUCGAAAACCCUCAUGGACACUCUUCAAACGGAGUUGGCUGAGAAGCAAAGGAGGGAGAUGGAGCUCCUUGGAGAGAAGGAACAAGCUGUAACUCAGGCCGUGGAGGAAGCCAGGAAGGAAGCCGACGGCAGGGCGGAGGAAGCCGAACGAGAGUUGGACGAGAGAAGAGCAACCAUGCGAGAUCUUGAAGACAAAGUCCGUAAAGCUGAGGAAGACGCCAGCCAAAGCAAAGCCCGACUCGACUCGUUCACGAAGGCCAUGGGGUCUCUUCAGGAUGAUCGGGACCGGGUGCUGAGCCAGUACAAACAGCUAGAGGAGCGACAUCUCCAGUUCAUGAUGGAAAAGGACGGUCUUAUUCAAGAGGCAGCAACCGAGAACAACGGUUUGAAGGAGGAGCUCAGGGCCCUGCUGGCCCAACGGGACGACCUCCAUGCAGAGAACGCCAAACUGGAUGCCCAGCUCCAUGGCUACCGAGAUGAGUUGAGUCAGGUCCUCAGUAUGAAGGACUCCCAGCAUAAGAAGCUGCUUUCGGUACAGCUCGAACGCAUCAGCGCCUUAGAGAAGGAGAGGGAAGAGUUCACAGCAAGGAUUGACAUCCUGGAAAAAGAGGCGUCUGUGAGAAAGGGGCUUUCUGUAGAGCACGAGACCCUGAGCCAGGCGGGGCAGGUUAAAGAUGCUCCUGGUGCAGAGGUGGAGAAGCUCAGGGAGCAGCUCCAAGCAGCCAAGAAGCAGAUCGGCGGUCUGGAAGCGACUCUAGAGUCUGAGAGGCAGUCGUAUGCGGCUCACAGCAAGGAACUGAAGGAACUGCGCUGGGAGGGAGGCAUACUCCGAACGGAGACCGAGACUGCCGAGGAGAGGGUGGCGGAGUUGGCUCGAGACUUGGUGGAAAUGGAGCAGAAGCUGCUUGUGGAAAAGGAGGAAGCAGCCCAGCUAAGAGCUCAGAAUCAGGCCUUCGGUCAAGCCAUGGCCUCUCUGCAGAAUUCACACGAUGAGGCUGUCGGUGAAGUCAAGGAACUGCGGGUCCAGCUGGAAGCCAAGGGUCAGACAGGACAGUUAGGUGCUCCGGCGUCCCCUAGCGGCACCAGUGGUGAAGUGUGGAGCCUGAAGAACGCCCUGUCUGCACUGCAGAAUGACCGGGAGAGAAUGCUGGAGCAGCUACGGUCGCAGCGCAGCGAGCUGGACAGGCUCGGAUCUGGAGAACUCUCCAGACCCACCCAGACCAUAGAGGAGGAACGUCGGAAGAUGGGUGAGAUGGAGGAGAACAUGGCGAAGCUGCUGACGGAGAGAGAUGAUAAGCUGCAGAGAGACCAAAGGGAACUGGAGAUGCUCAGGUUGGAGUGUAGUGACUGGCAGGCUCAAGCCGAGUCGCUGAAGCAGCAAACUCUGGCAACACUCUCGGACCGUGACCAGCAGAUCAGCCACCUCAGUGCCAUGCUGGAAGAGGCACACGCAUCGGAACCCAGACUGCUGAAGGAACACGCUCACAGACAGGGCCGGACUGCAGAAGACGGGGCCCCUGGGGGCCCUCUGGGGCACACUGAGGACUACAAGGCUGAGUGUGUUCUUCUCCAGAGGAGGUUGGAUGAGGAGGUGGAGAUGAAGAUCAGUAUGCAGGAGCAGCUCACUGAGGCGCAGCAUCAAAUCGAACGGUUCACACGGGACGAGUGGCACUCAGGACUACAGAGGACUCACUCUGAGACGGCUGUCCUCAUAGAGCCGAAGGAGGGCGCCGUUACACGGAGUCGGACUGGAGGACGGGGACUGGGCCGGAUGCUGAGGGGGGCGUUCUGUUCCCGACAGAGGACCCCGCUCCUGGUCUCUCUGUACCUCCUCACCGUCCACGUCCUGCUCCUGCUGUGUUUCGGUGGAUACCUGUGAACACGGGACGCCUACAGGACCCGAUUGAGGACGGUCACCGAGAACGUUACUGAGUCCGGUCCGCUGACCAAAAUCCCUUUACCUGUUUUUUUUUUUUUUUUUUUUUUUUUGUUAGAAUGAAGGAAUUUCUGAGCUAAUUCGCCAAAAAAGUUCUUGCAGCCGGGAUCCGAAAUCAGCCGAUGAUUAAAAACCUGUAAUAAUAAUCCAGAGGGGCAGCGACGCCCCCCAGGGGGCGAGAAACGUUCUAAUCAGCGCCGUUAGCACAACGUCAGGGUGUUUUUUAUAUUUCUAAUAUUUUAUACAUCACGUUGGGUUGAAUCUUAACAUUCCAGAACUUUUAAAGGUCAGUAUAUGGUCAUAAAUAUUGGGACGCACGACCACGAGCUUGUUAGACAUUCACUUUGCAGAUGAGAUGGCACAGCCUGUUCUAAUCUGGAACGGAUUUUUAACAGCAUUUUGAAGUCUGUCUGUAGGGAUUUGUGCCCAUCUGAGGCCCUCAGUUGGUGUUUGGUAGUGUUGAGGAGAGGGAAAGGGCCUUCCUCACUUACUUUUGGCCAUAUAGUGUACAUUCAGGUUCCAAUUAGUAUCAUUGUACUCAACGGCAGUAUCGGCAUGUGCGAAAUAGAGUUCCGAUACAGAUUUGCUUCCUUUUUGUCCUGAUUUAGAUAUACUCCAUUCCACCUGUGCGCUCUGGCGGCCUCUGCUGGUUGCACAGAGUAAUUUAAUUCAUAUAAUAAAGAAGGUCAUCCAACUCCUAUAUCACCCCGUAAGCCUGUAAUUACCCUGGGUGAGAUCUGGGGGGUCCGGGGUUCGAAUCUAAGCCGUGCUAUCAACCGGUCAGGUGUAAGGGUGGCCGAAACAGCCUAGACGUUGGUCGGUGCAGGUCACAAGCACAGAUAGGAAUAGUAGGGUGGCAUCAGGAAGGGCGUCUCUAAAUUAGCAAUCGGAAGGUUGUCGGUUUCAGCCCAACCGCCACCAAAUUGCCACGGUUGGGCCCCUGAGCGAGGCUCAGAUUGUAUUCAGUCAAAACUGUGGAUAAACACGUCUGCAAAAUGCUGCAAAUGUACAAGUAAAUGUUCCUUUCUCGGUCCCGGUGUCUCCGGGGUAACAGGACCCACUGCAACCCUGACCAGGAUAAAGCCCUGGUAAACAAAUACAGGUGAGAAGUGACAAUAAAUGAUCGCUCUUUUAAAAAUAAAAAUUAAAUAAACAUAGAUCAGCCUGGAAGGGCUACAGAGCAGUUUUGAGGGCUCUAGGACUCCACCAAACAACAACGGGAGCGAUUCAUAGAGGCAGUUAGGGGCAAAAAGGGGGGAAAUGUUAUUUACAGGUUUCCAAAAGUACUUUGUCUUAAAGGAAGCACAUGUUAGUACCAAUUAAGCUGCGCCACGAUCAAAGCGAAUUCCGGAACCAAAAGCAACACGUUGUUUAUAAAUAUGUCAGUCUGAAAAAGCCUUAACUGAGGCUUUAGGACUCCACUGAACCACAGUCGCUCAACUCUGAACAGUGGUGGAUCAGCCAAGACAUUAGGACCACCCCUUAUAAACGUGCUUGUGAGGGUGAGGGGUGUAUGGGAUCAGAUCCUACGGGGCUCCUUCGGGUGUCCUGUGGAGUCCAUUUCUUCCAGGGUUCAGCGACAACUCAUCCACACAGUGCCAAGAGAUCCCAUUUGAUCAGCGUUUGAGCGCGGAGGGAGCCACUACACCCCUCCUCAGGGUGAUAUAUGUGUUGGAGAACCUUUGAUCGUUGAUGAUUUAGUACUUGUUUGGGUACGUCGGACCUUCUGAGACUCACGUUCCAUAAUGUCAGAUCUAAUAACACUAUCAGAUUAUCAGCCUACUGACGUGCACCACACGGCCGAAAGUAUUCGGACGCCCCGUCACAUAAACGCUGGUAAGCUUCUCACAAGACUUUGGAGUAUAUCUGUGUGUGGGAAUUUGUGCCCGUUCAGUCGAAAGAGCUGGGCAUUCCAGUUCGAGACUCUUUGCAGGCCACUGGAGGUUUUUUUUUCCCCGAUCAUUAGAAGGGGCGUCCCGAUACUUUUGACCGUUCGGUGUACCUGACCGUGAUCAGAAGCACAACGCUGCUGGCUGUGGGGUUUUUCUGUACCUGUAUGAUCUCUGUAAAUGAUCCGUCUCUUCCUCUCUGCUUCUUACUGGGAGACAUUUUCACAAAUAAACUUAUUUAUGGGAA